CUCUCUCUCUCUCUCUCUCUCAGUUCCCCAUUUCUUUGCCCCUGGCACGGUUAGGUGGGGCUGCUCAACUUCUUUUUGUCAGAUUGAUUCCCUUGCAAACCCCCGGCCCGGGCCCCCAAUCCUACAGUGUUGACAAAAAAACAAAAAAGGCCUUAAUAAGCAGAGAAUAAAAGCCUCCCUACAGUCACUAACAAAUCACUAAUAGAUAGAAUACAAAAACACACGGACACACACACACAACUCUUUACUUAUCUUUACUUCAUUCUCUCUUUAGUCCAAAAUUUGUUGUCUAUAAGGAGUUACUUGUUGUGCCUACUUGUUUCUUCCCUUUCCCAUAUGAAGACAGUCACAGCGAAGAGCCCCCACGAUUCUUCUUCUUUCUCCUUCUCUAGGAGAUAUUUCAACUGGAAAAAGAAGGUUGAAGAUGAUGAUGACGAGGAAGAAAUCCUAACCCACAGCUCCUCUUGGCAUUUUUGUGCGCAAGCCAAAGAAGCAGAGGAGCUCCGAAUCCCAGUCCCAUGUCAAGUUUCUUUAGUUCCAACACCAAGAAAGAAGCUGCCAACUAUAGCAGUUUCUAAGCUUCGGUCAGCUCUCAAUUUGUUUGGUAAGAACCGAUCAGCCUACCGUUCGGCUUUAGGCACCAGAGUUGUAGGAACCCUGUUCGGAUACCGGCGUGGGCACGUCCAUUUUGCUUUUCAAGAAGAAGCAAAAUUAAGUCCAGCAUUUUUAAUCCAACUUGCAACAUCAACAAGUGUUUUGGUUCGGGAAAUGGCUUCUGGAUUGGUUAGAAUUGCCUUAGAGUGUGAAAAGAAGAUAGGGAAAAAAGGGGUGAAGUUGCUAGAGGAGUCUGUUUGGAGGACUUACUGCAAUGGCAAGAAAUGUGGGUUCGCAAUAAGGCGUGAAUGUGGACCGGAGGAGUGGAAAGUGUUGAAGACGGUGGAGCCAAUUUCAAUGGGUGCUGGUGUGCUACCAGGAUAUUGCAAUGGGAAUGGAGCUGGGUCUGAGGGUGAGCUGAUGUACAUGAGAGCUAGGUUCGAAAGGGUUGUUGGGUCAAAAGACUCGGAAGCCUUUUACAUGAUGAAUCCUGAUGGUACCGGAGGCCCUGAACUCAGUGUUUAUCUGCUUAGAGUUUAGAUUUGAGUUUUGAUAAUGAUGACAGUGUCUUAAGAUCCGCUAGGCUGUAGAAUUUUUUUUUUCUUUUGCAAAGCGCUAGGCUUUAGAUUUUGUUGUUAAGCAAUGAAGAGGUAACGUGGAGGUUUGGUUUUCCAUUUAUUUUGCCUUAUUCCUCAUAUUAAUGGAAAUGGCGAGCAUGGGUUGCAAUUUGUUGUCUCAUGCCAAAUAAAGCUACCUUUUAGCUAGUGGAAGGAAAUGGGCAAUGGCAUGAAUGUGAUUAUUUGACAGGGUAUAUCUAUGUAUAGCUUCUUUCUCAUUUUUUUGGGAGUAAUGUCUCUUCUUUUAAACUUAUUUGAUUUCAUCUUCCGUUGCGGGAAAAAUCUUGUCGUUUAGGAUGAACAUUCUAAUUUUCGCUCGAGUUGGAAAGUGAAACCUGUUACUAAAUAUUCAUUCUAUUAUACUACUGUAAGUUUUUUUUUAAAUUUGUCAUCAUCAAAUACUUAUAGUGGAAGCCUGCUCCUCUAACAGUUACUAACAUGUCACAAUGAUCGUUGUAGGAAUCAAAUAACGUCUUUUUCUCUUCUCAAUCCAAUUAAGUCUGGAUGAGAUGAGAUGAACGAAACACAAUAUCUGUUUUCUGUUUCCUCGAUAAGGUUUUCAUCAAGUAGAAAAUUUGCAGCAGAUUCAUAGCACAGAUAUUGCUGUCGGAGUCAGAUUAUGUGAAGGACAUUAACCUCAAAAGUUAUUAAUAUUAGGACAUUGUUUUGUGUUAUUUAUCCCGUUGAUUACUUAGUCCUAGUACCUACUCCGUAAGUAUCUUUCUUGCAUUUCAAAAUUUUAAACGAAAAGGGUGAAUCAAAC